GUUUUUGACAUAGCUGAAUUGUUUUCUAACGAACAUCAGAAUAGCUCUGGAAAAUAAAUUCGAUAGUAACAUCUAUAGGACUUUGUGAAUCAUUACACAUUGUCCAUGUGUAAUUUAAUAGACCUCAACAAGAGUAUUAAAAUACCGAAGUAUUAACUAACAAGAAUACCUUAAAGGUACCCGUUUUUUAAAAUACCGACUCACAUAUACACUCACGAUAAACUCACACUGUAACACGUAUUCGCGUCAGGCAUAAAAAUUGUAAUAUCAAAAGUUCAAUUUAUUUGAUUGCACACUGAAAUCAAAUUUUAAGUGUUAGUUCCACUUUGACGGUUUGUUUGAAAGUUUUCCAAACGUGUUUAGGUGCGAAUUGAGUGUUUAAUAAAGAGAACAUACAGUACACGGAUUCUGAGUGCAAUUAGUGAGCGCCUCUUGAACUGCGCAAAUGGCACAUAGCCAUAGAAAGGUGGAAUCAGCAGACGACGAACAGUAGAUCAUACCAAACGUACAACAAUGGAUGAUCUAUCGCAGGGCGACAUAUGUCGCGUCUGCCGCUGCGAGGCAUUGCCAGAUAGACCGCUCUUUUAUCCAUGCAUCUGCACUGGCAGCAUUAAGUAUAUUCACCAGGAUUGUCUGAUGCAGUGGAUGCGUUAUUCGCAUAAGGAAUACUGUGAGCUAUGCGGUUAUCGAUUUAGCUUCCAGCCCAUCUAUGCACCGGAUAUGCCGCGCGUUCUACCAUUGCGGGACGUUCUAAUGGGCCUAAUAUCCGCGGUCUUCGAGGGCGCACGCAGUUGGCUGCACUACUCACUGGUGGGCAUUGCCUGGUUUGGAGUGGUUCCACUGUCGGCAUAUCGAACCUAUCGUUAUCUGUUCCGGGCAAGCUCUUUUGAUAUGGUUCUGUCACUCCCGUUCGAUCUCUUCUCCAUAGAGAAUCUGGAUGCGGAUGCUUUUCGUGGAUGCUUUGUGGUAACUUGCACACUAUUAUCUUUUAUUGGCCUGGUUUGGUUGCGUGAGCAAAUUCUUCACGGUGGUGGACCUGAUUGGCUUGAGCGCGACGAGGCACCGGCGGCAGCAGCAGUGCCAGCAGCACCUGCUGCCGAUGCCGCCGCUGCGCCCAUUCCACCAGAUGCUGCUCAGGAUGACAACAACAACGGCAACGCACCGCAGGAUGUACCCAUGGAUAAUGCCGCCCCAGCUGUGGCUAAUCCAGCUGACAACGAGGGCGAUGUGCCCCAACCAGUUGUCGAGCCCGCUGUAGGAGCUGCUGCUGGUGGAGCUGGUGGCAUCGCUGCUGAUGCAGACAAUGAUGAGCAAAACUGGAAUCCCAUGGAAUGGGAUCGUGCCGCCGAAGAGCUUACCUGGGAGCGUUUACUUGGCUUGGAUGGUUCACUUGUCUUCUUAGAGCAUGUUUUUUGGAUAAUCUCUUUAAACACCAUGUUCAUUUUUACGUUUGCCUUUUGUCCAUAUUGCGUGGGAAACUUUAUACUAAGCUCCAUGGAUUUGUUGCAACCCGAAAAGCCGUUGUUGCAUUUUCAUGGACUGAUUACCACGUUGUUUGGUUACUGUUGCAUCGGAUUGACCCUGGUAGUGCUUCACUUCUUUGCACGCGUCUUUAGGCUUCGUCGGAUCUGCUGGUUCAUUGGCCUUUGCUACAUUGUGGUAAAGGUAUCGUUGCUAUCCGUGGUAGAGAUAGGCGUACUGCCGCUCAUCUGUGGCUGGUGGCUGGAUAUUUGUUCGCUGCCGUUGCUCGAUGCCAGUCUCAAGGAUCGCAAGGCCAGCUUCAAGGCGGCACCGGGUACAUCUCUCUUCGUUCACUGGAUGUUUGGCAUGGUAUAUGUCUAUUAUUUUGCUGCUUUCAUAUCGCUGCUGCGCGAGGUGCUGCGUCCUGGUGUCCUAUGGAUCUUCCGCAAUGUCAACGAUCCUGAUUUUAGUCCCAUUCAAGAAAUGAUUCACGUACCCAUUGUGCGUCAUAUACGACGCUUGGUUGCCUCGGCAAUGAUCUUUGGCUUCGCCGUGCUGCUUAUGCUCUGGCUGCCUAUACGUAUACUACAGGUCGUCUGGCCCAACUUCUUGCCAUAUGCCCUUAGCGGAGAUUCGGAGGUGAAUGAUCUGAGUUUGCAGCUGCUUUUACUUCAAAUUGUGCUGCCUGGUUUCUUCGAACAGACACAAACGCGUAUUUGGCUAAAGGGCUUACUACGUCUCUGGUGCACAGCUGUGGCAUGGCUGCUUGGUAUACGAAGUUAUUUAUUGCCUGCACCGGAGCCACCAGCAGCUGAGGAAGGCGAGGCAGCUGCUCAGCCAGCCGAAGUUGCCGGUGCAGCUGCUGCUGCACCACCGCCACCACCACCGCCACCUCCAAUGCCAGAGCCGGCUCCACCACGCAAUUUGGCUGCCGCCCAUCAAGCGAUCAUGCAACGAGAUGUACCAGUUGGCUUUCAACCUUAUGACCGCCCCACGUUCUUUACUCUGCGCUUGUGUGCACUGCUCACGCUGAUGUGCUUCUCUAUUGUUUGCGCCGCCAUGGUAAUACUAACUGUGCCAGUCUACAUAGGACGCCGUCUUAUGAUGCUCUGGACGGGUCAGCCGGGUGACAAGGCUGCUCAACCCGUGCCAGUUGACAUGUUACCAGCAGAUUCGGAGGCGGCACGUAAAAACGAACGUAUGUUGCGUCCCCAUGAGCUCUACACGGCGGAAAUUGGAGGCUACCUAUGCUGGAUUGUCUCACGCGGCAUUGCUGUAGUUGUCACACUGUUGCCACAAGGUCGCACCGCCAUCGUCAACAAGAUGAAGCAUUGGGCUCGCGUCGCACUACAAUAUGCACUUCCUGUGCUGACUCUGUUGGGUAUUUUUGUGCUAGUGCCAUUGCUGUUUGGACUGCUUUUGGAGCUUGUGGUUGUCAUACCAGUACGUGUCACAUGGUACCAGACGCCUAUACACUUCUUGUGGCAGGAUUGGGCACUGGGCGUGCUGUACACUAAAAUCGCCAUAGCACUCACUUUGAUGGGUCCGGAUUGGCAUUUAAAGCGAUCCCUGGAACGCGCUUAUACGGAUGGACUGCGAGAUUUUGAUUUGAAAUUUGUGAUGCGUGAUCUGGCAGUGCCGGUGGUUACAACAUUUGGCCUCGCCUUGGCGAUUCCUUAUGUAAUCGCUCAAUCGAUAAUGCCGAUCUUCGUCACCGACCCGUACACUCGCCUGGGCAUCUAUAGAUUGGUAUACCCAGUGAGCUUUAUUGUUGUGGGCAGCGUUUGCUUUGUGCUCUUCCAGAUAAAGCAACUUAAGAAGUUAUAUCUGUCGAUAAAGGUGGACAAAUAUCUAGUGGGCCAGCGUCUGGUCAACUAUGAGCAUCGCAAGAAGCAGCAGGCACAGCAAGCGGCUGCCGCUCAAGAGCUGAAGGCACGCCAAGAAGCCGAGGAAGCACAGCAGGCACAGGCCCAAGAGGGUGUAGACGGAGUUGUCGAACGGGAGGAGGAGCCACUACUAGAUCAAGCGGAACAGGCAGCGCUGCAUGCGCGACGGCGUCGUGAGCAGAGGCCACGCCCGCUGCUUGUGGACGCCAACGAGGAGCUGCUCUAGGGUUACGUCUAUUUUAUGUGCAUGUUUAUAAUGGAGUCUCUCCUGAUCUAUCUCUGUUUAAUUCACACGCUUCAUCCAGAGCAAGCCAUCUAAGUUAAUGGCCAUCAAGCUGCUGUAACCGAAGACCCUAGAUGAAGUAGCUGGAGGGGAAAGGCGCUUCAAAUUAUCAAGUUAAAUAAUUUUUCGUUUUUCUACUUUAGUUCUUUAUUUUUUUACCGUUAGCCACAAUUGUUUGUUAAACUUUUUCGCUUUUAGGUCCUAAACUGUAUGAUAAUUUAAGCCAGCCAGAUAUAGCCAAUAAUUACCAACUGAUUUACUACACACUGACUUACUCUACGAACAUAUACCAUAUUAACACUUCGAUUUGAGUUCUGAGAUUUAAACAAAUCGCUACGAUACACAAAACACUAAAAAUAAUUAUGAACAUUAAAUCCAAGUAUGGCACUAUAAUAAAUAUAUAUAUUUAUAUAAUAA